AUUUUUAAUUUUGUUGAGUUCAGUGUCAGAUCGUGCGUAAAAUUAUUUGGAAUUUAUUAAAAAUUACUACAGCUAACAAUGCCCGAGGAGGCGACAUAUCCCAAAAUCAAAAUACUCUUUGUUAAUAUCAUUGCCAUUUUAUAUAAAGCAACUGCACUUAAUGUUAGCCGAUUGCAUUUGGAUAUGCGUGAGGUGAAGCAAUUGGUGCACAUGUCCAAGCAGGAGAUUUGGAUGCGACAAAUGUUUAUAUUUCUUAUAUCUGGGCUGCUGCUCAUACGUUUCUUGCUUUGCUUUGUGGGCCUGGUGACCAACAUUGUGGCCAUCUAUCCUAUAUUGACCAACUCACAACCGGAGCUAUUGAUGCCCAGCAUAUUUGUGCAGCUCUUCGAUAAUGUCAUUCUGAAUAUCUAUGAGAUUGUGUUGGGCUAUGCUGCAGUUCGCUUUCUACAGCCCGAAGGAUUAGCAGUGUUUGCCAUAUUUCUAACCAAAAUGUUUAUUAAAACAAGCUGCUGCAUAUCUGUGCUCAACAUUUACUCGGACAAGCAUCAUCAGCUGACAACGCCCAGUCUGUCCUCGACGGAGUCCAGCCAUGAAAGUCUGCAUAGGGAUAGCAGCCAAGAGUUUGAAUUGGUUCACAUGCUUUAUCGUUAAAUAAAAUUCCAAGUCUGUUUACUCUGUUCACUCACCGGUGG